CCGCAAUCGGCCUGCCCGCCGCGCCGCCCUCAGAGCAGCUCCAGCAGCCGCGCCGCCUGGCUUUUCGUUUUCCUUGUUCUCCGCGGGCCGUGGGGGGCUCCGCGCCGCGGCUGUUAGUCAUGUCGGAUUCUGGAAGUUACAGUCAGUCUGGGGGUGAGCAGCAAAGUUAUUCUUCCUAUGGAAAUCAAGGCAGUCAAGGCUAUGGACAAACACCACAAAGCUAUUCUGGCUAUGGGCAAACGACUGAUUCUUCAUAUGGACAAAACUAUGGUGGUUACUCCAGUUAUGGACAAAAUCAAUCAGGUUAUUCACAGUCCUAUGGUAGUUAUGAGAAUCAAAAGCAGAGUUCAUAUGGCCAGCAAUCAUAUAAUAACCAGGGACAACAAAACACGGAAUCAUCGGGAGGUCAAGGUGGAAGAGCACCUUCAUAUGGCCAAUCAGACUAUGGUCAGCAAGAUUCUUAUAACCAGCAGUCAGGUUAUGAUCAGCAUCAAGGCUCAUAUGAUGAGCAGUCCAAUUAUCAGCAACAUGAUUCCUAUAAUCAAAACCAGCAGUCUUUCCAUUCACAAAGGGAAAACUACAGUCACCACACACAAGAUGACCGUCGUGAUGUGAGUAGGUAUGGAGAAGAUAAUAGAGGAUAUGGCGGGUCACAGGGAGGAGGUAGAGGGCGUGGGGGAUAUGACAAGGAUGGAAGAGGUCCUAUGACAGGAUCAAGUGGUGGUGACCGCGGUGGCUUCAAAAAUUUUGGUGGUCACAGGGAUUAUGGACCCAGACCAGAUGCUGAUUCAGAGUCUGAUAAUUCAGAUAACAACACAAUCUUUGUGCAAGGACUUGGGGAGGGUGUCUCUACAGAUCAAGUGGGAGAGUUCUUUAAGCAAAUAGGAAUUAUCAAGACUAACAAAAAGACUGGAAAACCAAUGAUAAAUCUUUACACAGACAAAGACACAGGAAAGCCAAAAGGGGAAGCAACAGUGUCAUUUGAUGACCCUCCAUCAGCUAAGGCAGCCAUUGAUUGGUUUGAUGGAAAAGAAUUCCAUGGAAAUAUCAUCAAAGUGUCAUUUGCCACUAGAAGGCCUGAAUUCAUGAGAGGUGGUGGAAGUGGAGGUGGACGACGAGGUCGUGGAGGAUAUAGAGGCCGUGGAGGUUUUCAGGGGCGAGGUGGAGACCCCAAGAAUGGAGACUGGGUUUGCCCUAAUCCGUCAUGUGGAAAUAUGAAUUUUGCUCGAAGAAAUUCCUGUAAUCAGUGCAAUGAGCCUAGACCAGAGGACUCACGUCCCUCAGGGGGAGAUUUCCGGGGGAGAGGUUUCGGUGGAGAAAGGGGCUACAGAGGUCGUGGGGGCAGAGGUGGAGACCGAGGUGGCUAUGGUGGAGACAGAAGUGGGGGAGGUUAUGGUGGAGACAGGAGUGGUGGUAGCUAUGGUGCAGAUAGAAGUGGGGGUGGUUAUGGAGACAGGAGUGGGGGUGGCUAUGGUGGGGAUAGAGGAGGUGGCUAUGGAGGAGACAGAGGUGGUUAUGGUGGAGACCGAGGGGGCAGCUAUGGAGGAGACAGAGGUGGCUAUGGAGGAGAUCGAGGCGGUUAUGGAGGUGAUCGAGGAGGCUACGGAGGUGAUCGAGGAGGAUAUGGAGGUGAUCGAGGUGGAUAUGGAGGAGACCGCAGCCGGGGGGCCUAUGGAGGAGACCGUGGUGGUGGUGGUGGCAGUGGAGGCUACGGUGGAGACAGAAGUGGAGGCUAUGGUGGAGACCGAGGUGGUGGCUACGGAGGAGACCGAGGUGGGGGUUAUGGAGGCGACCGAGGUGGCUAUGGAGGAGACCGAGGUGGCUAUGGAGGCAAAAUGGGAGGAAGAAACGACUACAGAAAUGAUCAGCGCAACCGACCGUACUGAUGGCUGUUUCAGAUACUCCUUUGUCUCUGACAUGAUCCAUGGGGAAUUGUCAGAGUGUGCCUGCUGCUUUCCUCAUGGCCUCUUGGGUAGU